AUGUUUUCGCUACCGAUAAACACAGCAGAGUUGGCAUUCCUUAUCCCUCUCACUUUAGUAGCAGUCCUUGUCUUGAAGCCACUUCUUUACUAUCUUCUUGAUCCUCUCGGCCUGAGAAAAUAUCCAGCCCCCAGCUUCCUUGCAGCAACCACUCAUUUCUGGAUUCUCAAGGAAACAUGGCUCCAACGACGCUCCAGAAGUAUCCAUCGUCAGCAUGAAAGACUUGGUGAUGUCAUCCGAAUUGCGCCUAGUCUCAUCAUCUUCAACAUCCCGGAAGCCGUGCCUGACAUAUAUGGCCAUGCUGCAGCUCGAAAGCUUGUGAAAGACACAUUUUAUGACAAGAUUUCUGGUGAAGAGCGCGAUAUUGUCAACGUCAUUGAUCAUGGUGACCAUUCUCAGCGAAGGAAAUACCUUUCCAACUCAUUCGCUCUCAAAACUGUUACGGAUAUGGAGCCUGUCAUCGGGCAAAAUUUCCAGAGAUUGCUGGACCACCUUGACGGUGUUGCAGAUCAGAGCACUAAUAUUCCUUCCGGUCAGACAUUAGACAUUCGGCAAUGGUUCAACUACUUCACUUUGGAUGUCAUCGGCGAUAUGGCUUUUGGCCUCCCUAUGGGCUUCCUGGGAAAUGGAGGCGAUGCGACAAGAGCGAAAUCUGCUGGAAGGCAAGAAUACUGUAUCCCCAGUACCAUUGAUACACUCCAUCGAGGGACAAGGUUAUCUACGACUUUAGCUCAGCUAUCCAGUAUACGAUGCGUCAAACUUGCCAAACGACUCUGCAAUACCACGAACUGGCUGAAACAAUCAACUGGAGCCCAGGGUAUCGAAGACUUUGAUAACGUCUGCAUUGACCAGUUGAGUGAAAGACUGGGCAACGGCUCGCCAGAUCGUUCUCAACAAGACUUCAUGAGCAAGAUUCUGAAGGACCGUGAGGGCAAAGACCGAGGACUUUCUUUUGAAAGACUUCUAUCUGAGUCCAUCGUCUUUAUGAAUGCUGGUAGCGAAACUACUGCUGCUGCUCUUUCAAGUACCCUAUACUUUUUGCUCUCAAAUCGAAAAUGCUUCGAGAAGCUACGAGCCGAGAUCGACGCCAGACUAGGACCAAAUCACGACGGAAUUGUCUCAUACGAUUCUGCUAAGGACCUUCCAUAUUUGAGAGCAUGUAUUGACGAGUCAUUGAGACUUCGACCCCCAAUUGCCUACGCUCUGCAACGUCUCGUGGUCUGUCCCCAAGGCGCAAUUAUAGCGGGCCAUCACAUCAAACAAGGAACGACUGUUGCAGUUUCACCAUGGACUAUUCACCGGAACAGGAAACUGUAUAAGAACCCUGAUGAAUUCGAUCCGGAGCGCUGGUUUGACCCAGAGCAAUUGUCCAAUCUCAGAAGGUACUACAUCGUGUUUAGUCAGGGACCGCGUCAAUGCCUUGGCAGGCACAUUGCGAUUGUUGAACAGCAGAUAUUGAUUUCAACCAUGGUACGGAGAUACAACAUGUACUUGGCAGACCAAGAGAUGAACUUCGUCAUCUUUGAUCGAUUCAACUCGAACCCUGGACCCCUUUCUGUCAAGGUGGAGCGGCGGGUAUUUGUGGACUAG